CCUAGUCAAGGAUAGUGCGAGUAGUCUUUACUGUGUGAUGUGUUUUUGGAAGUGCUAAGUGAAGAGUAUAUAAAUGCUAAAAUAUUGUGAUAAAAAGUUUUAAAAAAGAAAAAUAUAACAAAACCAUGGCAGAAAAAACGGAAAGCAACAAAGCCAAUAUGGCUGAUUUGUCUAAAAUACCGGAAAAUGAAUUUGAAAAACAUUUCCACGAAUGGAUGGAACGAGACGAUGUGGCGCGUGGCCUGCAAGCGAAACUAAGAUGUGAUCUUAUUAAGAAUUUCAACAAAACCAGCUUGGGCAAGCAAAUACAGGCCCACACCAUGUGCUCCACAGGAGGUUCAACCUAUCGUCUGACUAUGACUCCUCUGGUGUUGGCCUUAAACACCUUAGUAGCUGAGUUUCUUUAUGCCCAAAAUUGUCAUUUUACUUUAUCGGUAUUUUGCACGGAGGUACCUUUUCGCAAUACUCUACCCGAUUUCGAUGGUAUGCGUCACUAUCGCUUUAGUGAAAGAGAAAUUCAUGAUAUUUGGGAAGCCAUUGCGGGAGCUGCUGUCGCACAUAAACAUCCUUUGGACACACAGAUUCUCGAGGAUUAUGAUAAAGAUACCAGCAACUCAUUGCUUUUGCUAAUUCUCAAAAGUCUGGUGAAUAUAAAACCUCAGGAAAUGUUAAGAAAAUCGGUAGAAAUUCAAACCGAAACAAAUGCCACCCACCAAGAAAAAUGUUCAACGCCAGUUCAGGCUGGCACACAACGUUCUUCGGCCAGGUCAAAAAGCAAAAGCAGUGACUGUAUGAUACACUUGGAUAAAUUUCUCUUGAUACUCUCGCAAAAAGUCAACGAAAUGACGCAGGCAUUUGAAUCGUUGACACAAGAAAGAAAUCUCCAAAAACCCCGCUCAAAGAAGACGCUCCGCUCACGAGAGUUUCAUAGCCUCAACAGAAGUUUGGAUCAAAUAAAUGUAAAUGUUAAGCAUUUAGUGAAAAGUAAACGCAAGAGCAAAAGGAUGACCCACAUUGUGGAAUCGAUAGAUAGCUUGACGCAACAAUUUUGUAAAUAUGCUGUUAAGCGAGAACUGACAAAAAAGGAAAAAAAUGAACAAAAUGGAAAAUUAGAGACAUCACUGCCAAAGGGGAACUCGAAGGAGAUACAAACGGAAAACGAAAUGCAAGAGAAAACCUACUCCGAUUGGGUGUAUGAGAUGCGCAACACGGAGAAUGGUCGAAAAUUUUUAGAAAGAAUUGAAAGUUCCCUGUACAAAGCUGUGGCCAAACACCGAGACCAAUUGCAAAGUGAACAUGAAGCCAAGCUGAAACAUAUGAAAAAUCUUCUCAAACUUCGUUACAAACAAAAAAUGUUGAUUCAAUUAUCAAGUCAAGGAUCUGAAGAACAAGCCAAUGAGGCACGUAAGUUGAGUGAGAACAUUGAAAUGAAAUUGAAAAACUUUGAAAGUAAACAACUGGAAUUGUUGGACAAGUUGAGGCAGUCCUCUUUGGAACUACACGAGGCCCAGAGACAAUUGCAUGCUAGGGUUGAGGUACACAAAGGGGAGGAGCAAUGUGCCCAAAGGAGAGAUCAGACUACUCAGCCAAUGGAUAAAUCGAAGAAAUUGCAAAAACAACUUUCUCAAAUGAUUCCCGAUGAAGAAAAUGAAGGUGUUGAGGUGGCAACACAAUAUUCAGCUAUGGAAAAUUCUCCGGAGGUUUCAGUGCCAAUGCCUAUAAGACCAGAUUUGAAAUCAUCUGUAAUAACACCCAGAGAUCAAAAUGUCGAAAGAAUUAUCAAUGAAACCAAACUACGCCUGCAGCAACUGGAAACCGAAAGCAGUUGUUUGGAGAAAGAUUUCCAAAACUAUUUGGAGCGCAGAAAUAGGGAAAAUAAAUGUCGGCAGGAGGCCACAUAUCAACUUAUUGAACAAAGUCAAAAUAAAACCUCCCAAAUGCUGCAAACCAUUGAUCAAACUAAAAGAUCCCAAGUGACCUUUAGUGAAAAAAGUCCUUCGAGGGGAACAAAGAUGAAAUUUCCCUUAUUCACCGAAGAAGAUUUGGAUUUAGAUGAAGAAUUCCAGAGAUUGAAAGGCAAGCUUGCCCUGACACAAUCCCUAAUGGAGACGACUACCAUGAACGGAGGUAGUAGUAGUUCUACCUCCAAGGAUUUAAAAAAUGCCAUACGAGAUGCCAAAGAGAAAUUUUUCGAAAAUGAGCUCAUUUUCCGCCAACACAAAGAAAGGGAGCUUAUGCGAAAAAGUUCGGGAUUUGGAGAACAUAAUUCAUCAUUUCCUUAUAAUUGCGAUAUGGCAUCCAGUGAAGCUGUGCCACAAUCUAGAGCUGAUCAAAGAAUAGAUUCAACAUUUGCUUUGGAUUUGAAUAGAAAUAAAGAAAAAGGCUUGGUGACAACGUCCAAUGAGAUGCCUGAGCAGCCCAAGGAUUCUAAAAAGUCCCCACGCAGAGAAUUGUUUCCCAAGCAAUCAAAGGAAGAGGAAUUUAAGGUUCCCAUGGCCAAGAACACAAAUCUACGACAAACCAUAGACGAUUUGAAGUCAUAUACCCAAAAUAAAGAAAGCAAAGAAGACAAGUCCUCAGAAAGCAGUGAGGAAUUAAUCAAACAAUCGAUGGCCAAAAUGAAACAGCUUUUCGGGAAGGACCCUUGCACCAGCAAACAAGCAGAGACAUACAAUCAAAUCCACAAAAAUGAAACCAAAGAUAAAGUCAACUAUGUUCCCUUGCGGGAUAUAUUGAAUGAAAAACCCUCCGAACUUAAUCAAACAACCUCCUCGUCCAUAACCACAACAACAAGUGCAGCUACUACAACUACCUCGGCCAGCACCAUGGAUGCUGUGGCCAAGCGACAAUUGGACAUGUUGGAAUCCAUUUCAAUACCACCAACAACAUAUUUGUCCAGCCGCAUGACACAGGAAGUUGAACAAAUUCAAAACGAUCACAUAUCAAAGCCUUCCACUUUGAAUUUGACUAUGACCAGUGAUAGCGAAGAAAGCUCAAGCUCGGAUGUUAAGGAAAAUCAAAAUUCCGAUCAGGAUAUAAGUGAAAUAUCCAGUGCAGCAGAAGUUGCUGAGCCCUUGGCAAAUGUUGUACCAGAGUUGCUGAUUACAACACGGGGCGAUAGUUUAGAAAUUGGCGAAGUCUUGAGUGAAACCCAAACUGUCUUCGCUCCCUUAUCCAAAGUGAGCAGUAGUGAGGGGUCAAGUAGUAAUGCCUCUGAUUUUGAUCUCUCCUUGGAAAGAAGCAGUGGCAAACAAAAUAAGGCAAAAACAAGCGAUGAAAGCGAAGGAGAGUUUUGGGCUUAAAAAAGGGUGUACUUCGACAAUAAAACUAAUGGUUGUUCUUUAUGUUACAAUUUGUGUUUUAGAGCAAUAUUCUUGAAAGAAAUCAAAAAAUCGAAUAUUUUGUUGAAAAAUUUAA